AUGGUCCACAUAGAUGAGCGAGAACCGGUUGCAUUUGGACCUCCUUUGAAACCCGAGUGCAAGGAGACAGUAGGAACAAGUCCUUUCAAACCCGUGGUCGAGAAUUUUUACACGACAAACUCAAUCACAAGAGCCUCGAAGAUCAUGGCUCAGUGUAGUGCGUUGCUACUCAAGAAGUGA